CGAAUAUUUUAAGUUUAAACUGAAAAACGUAUAUUUUAUUUAAAAGUUAUAAGUUUUACACAGUUUUUGUGUAAUACAAGGUAAUACAAGUGGUUAAUACAAGUGUUCACAUUUUUAAUAUUAUGGGUUUACCCCCCUCCUAAGGGAUUUCUGAAUAUCUCUCUAUACGGUGUUCUUUAUUUAUUAAUAAACUUCUUAGAAGGUUAAAAAAUCAUCCAAUAUAGAAUCGGGUUAAAAACAUUUAUGUGUAGAUGUUUUGUGUGUGUUUUUUCAUCCCUACUUAAAAUUUAAAAAAAUAUAAUAAUUUCAUUGGUUGAGUGAUUCAGUUAGAAUUUCUCUAUUAGCUAUAAAAUAGAGUAAAAUACUUGAUUAUUCGAUAUAGGUUUUACAGUUUAACAUCGUCAACAUCGAGUCAGCAACAUGAACAUGUUCACAUCUUACAGAAACUCGUCUAACAUGGACUAUCGGUAUCUCAUACAUAAGAAAAAAUGACUUCGGAAAGCACUGAAUAGAUGGCCAAAAUACACGCCAACAAAUCCACCUUCUAAAUUAUUGGACGUUACAUCAUUCAACAUUGAUUUUAGAGAAUGUAAGUUUAUUCAAAUUGGAUUUUAUUCUAUUACACUACAAAUUAAAUCACAUGUUGUCACACCUUGGAGACAUAUAUGCAUUAAUGAGGAGUUUAUUAAUCGUUUAUUUGGAUACAUGGGAAAGUUGCUGUCUAAUGUUUUAUCGACUGUACCUAUUAAAUCCGAAUGUGUGUUAAUAAACAAGGAUUCGGAUGUUGUUAUCUCAAAAACGUUCUAUAGAACAGAAAAUGCUAUAAUACUUCAAUCGAGAGUUGUUAGAGACUCGAGAAUUUUACUAACUGCGAGAAACGUACUUAAACUUCAAGAACUAAAAUUUGUUAUUCAUGAAUCUGUUGUAAAAAAACUAUCAUAUGGGCAAAAAGUUAUUAAAUCACAAGUCGAAACUAUAAUUAGUUACUUUUCACAGCAUAAUAUAGAGGAAUUAUCAGAAAAUUCAAUAAAAAAAUUUAUUCAUGAUCAUGAAAAAUUUCGGUCAUGUAUAAAUAUAAAUGCCAAUGAACCAGAUUUCACGCAACAAAUAAUGAUACAUGCAGAUGACUAUAUAGCAAAAGAAGUUUACAAAAAUCAAAUUAAAAAAAAUAAGGUCGCUCAACGCGUUUUAAGAAAAUUGACCAAAAAUACUCAAAAAACAUAAAAUGUCAUUAUUUAUUCAAAAUAAUUGCGCAAAGUUCAUAAAAAUCUCAAAAAUAUGGUUAAGUUCUACGAACACCUAAAUCAAUCAUCAGACGAUGCAGGAAAAAAUAAUCGUCGGACACGCUGGAAUAAAAUACAAAUCAAUUAUAAUAAUAAUUAAACUUUCAAUAAAUAUUCUUUUUUUUUUUUUAAUAACGUAUUAAUAAUUAGAUUAAUAAUAAACCGUUAAUCGGAGUUAUAAAAAUUUAUUGUAAUAAUCAUCAUCAGACAGUGCCGGAAAAAUUUUCGGUCGCUGCUGGAAUAAAAGAAAAUUUGAUAAAAAUAUUAUAAUACUCAUAAAAUUUAAUAAUUAUCUCAAUGAUCAAAAUCUAAAAUAAUAUUAAUCGAGUAGUAUUAAGAUGCUAAAAAAUUGAUUUUAAUAAGUAAUACUACUUAAUUUUUGUUGUGUUAUCUAACUGCGUUGUCGCAACUAACCCGUACAUCUAGUUUAAUAAAGACUCUCAUACCACA